AACGCCUAGCUUUUUUCUUCAGUGAAGGGAAGUUUCUCUUCACAAAAAACAAGAAACCCAACGAGGUUCGACAUCUUCUACCCACUCCGAGUGAAAAACCUUUGAAACCCGUGAAAAAGCACCCCCAAUAAAGGAAAACUAUGGAUCAAAUCAUUGUGGUUGGCGGCGGUCUCGCCGGUCUCUCGGCCGCACACACGGCCAUGGAGCGUGGCAGCCGCGUGUUGCUGAUCGACAAGAACCCGUUCAUGGGCGGAAACUCCACCAAGGCUACAUCCGGUAUCAACGGGGCGGGUACCCGCACCCAGCGCGCUAAGGGCGUCCAGGACGCUCCUGAAACUUUUGAGGAGGACACGAUCCGUGGCGGGGCGAAGUCCAAGGAGCACGCGAAGGUACUUUUAAAAAGAGAGAGGAAUCUUCAACAUUUGUGAUGCAUGUAAAACUGCACCAGCUCCAGCGAUACUGCUUGCAGCUCAAAGCACAUGAACUCAAAAAAUCAAAUACUUUAUCACAAGGUCCUCACCUGGGAAUCUGGUCCGGGCGUCGAGUGGUUGAUCGACAACUUUGGUCUGGACCUGUCCCUCGUCUCCCGGCUCGGUGGUCACUCCCAGCCCCGAACCCACCGCGGCGGACAGAAGUUUCCGGGUAUGACCAUCACUUUUGCCCUGAUGGAGAAAUUGGAGGAAAUCGCGGAAAAGCAGCCGGAAAAGGCUCGCAUCAUGCUCAAGGCGAAGAUGACCAAGUUGCUGAAAGGUAAAUGUGAAUAAUAAGGAAAGGAUUUGUGUUGCACGAAAGCGCAUCGUGUGGGAGUUUGUGAUGCAGAUAAAGGAAUAGGGAUAGCCUUAGUAGUAAGUACUCGCAAUACUGACAUACAACCCUCUUCUCUCAGAUGCCAAGGGCAACGUGUCCGGCGUGGAGGUCGAGGUCGGUGGCAAGCGCGUCAACGAGCUCGGCCCGGUCAUCCUCGCGACCGGCGGGUACGGCGCGGACCACGAUCAGGACAGCAUUCUGCACCAGUACCGCCCCGACCUGAAGAACAUGCCCACCACGUGUGGCGACCACUGCACCGGGGACGGGAUCAAGUUUGCCAUGCGCGACGCGGGCGCGGAUGCCGUGGAUUUGAACUGGGUGCAGGUCCACCCCACCGGGUUAGUCAACCCGAAGGAGGGCAUGGACGUCUCCGGGAAGACCCUGUUCCUCGCUGCCGAGGCCCUCCGCGGCUGCGGCGGGCUCCUGUUGGACGCCAACGGGCAACGGUUCGCGAACGAGCUCGGCCGACGCGACUACGUCUCUGGGAAAAUGUUCGAGAAUAAGGGUAUAGGAGUUUGGAGUUUGCGUUUUUUUUUUUUCUGAAAUGGGAUUUCUCGAGCGUUUCACAUGUGCAAGAGACCCGACUGUGUAGGGUAAAUAUCAACGGGUUGAAGAUAAAGUGUGUUGACCAAAUACUUAAGUACAUGAAGAAGUGGCUACCUCAUAAUUUCUCCAGGUCCCUUCCGCCUCUGCCUGAACACGAAGGCCAGCAAGGAGAUCGCAUGGCAUUGCAAGCACUACAUGGGCCGGGGAUUGAUGAAGCACUACAAAAACAUGCACGAUCUCGCCAAGGAAAUGAAUAUUGACGUGAAAACCAUUCAGCAGACCUUCGACGAACACAACGAGUACAAUAGGAAAUGUUUGUUUCAGUAUUUUGCUUCUCGAUUGUAUUUGCUUUUGCAUUUUUGCAUUUUUAUUUUGAACUACAACAAUCAAAACAAUACAAGAAACACCCGAAUUUUCUACACAGUGUCGAGGCCAAGCAGCUGAAGGACCCGGAGAACGGACCGUACGAUGCCUACGGCGGCGGCAAGUCGUGGGACAAGUGGGGCAAGAAGUUCUACCACAACGGUCCGAACUCCGUGGAGGAUGGCUACCACGUCGCCAUCGUCUGCCCCGUGGUCCACUACACUAUGGGUGGUAUGAAGGUGACCCCGGCGGCCGAGGCCCAGGCCAAGGACGACAAGGUGAUCCCCGGUCUGUUCGGCGCGGGCGAGGUCAACGGCGGCAUCCACGGGGAGAACCGGCUCGGUGGGUCCUCGCUGCUGGACUGCGUGGUGUACGGCCGGGUGGCGGGCCGGUCCGCCUGCAAGUACCUCAUGGAAUCGAACAUCGAGGCGAUUCGCGCGAAGAUGUGAGCAGAUUCUAGAGCAAAGAGGACACAGGAGGGAUAUCAGAAUCAGGUAUUUUUACGAAUCGAAACAGACGAUUGACAAUCAGAAAAAUCAGAAUCAGGAAAACUAACAGCAGAAUCAGAAGAACCUAUGAAUCAAUCCGUGCAAGAACACCAGGGAAUCUUAUUUAGAAUCAGGAAUAGCAACAGUCAUUAGCAAAAGCUGCAGGUGCAAGCAGCUUAUGUUUGGAAUCAGACGAAUUACGAAGGAAUCGUAUAUCUAAGAAGUAAAAAAAGCAUCUCCGACUUCUAAAGUCGCAGAAGCACUAAACUCGUAGUGCGGUAAAUAAAGUCACCCCUUCCCGAAAUUGCAACCAUUUUCCUAUUCCCGCUUCAGUUUUAUUCGUUGUUGCCAUACCAAAUUGCAAGGGGAAGAAGGCGGGAGUGGCAUAUUUACCUGUAGGAAAAGGUAUGAAAACUAACAAAGGAAUUGCAGUCAUUUCCAUUUGAGUAUGAAAAAACCUGUAAAUUUGGAGAACAAAAAUUUCUUUCAAUACUUUGUUUAGACUUGUGCAUUUUGAAGAUAUAUUCUCAGGAUGAAAUUACUACAAAAUCCUACAUUAAUCGCUUUUUUUCCUUUUCCGUAUCUACUCUAUAUUCGAUUGUGUUUUUUUCCGUUUUCCUUUCCAAUUUACCAAAAUCACAAUCUGCAGUACUGCUACCACUAAGGGUAAGACUGCAAAGUCUGUCUUAUGAAGUUCUUGAAGAUCAUCAAAGCCUCCUACCCUAUCGCCUAUACCUAAGAUGGAAAUCAAUACCAAAUCUCGUGUAAUUAAACCAAGCGAAAUUUGAAGGAGGGUAGAGUUGGGAAAGUAAGUAUCUAUUUGUAGCUCAUCUCGAAUAUGGACCUCAAACUCAAUGUCAUAGUGAACAGGACAAUAAAUUUAUUCGUUGAAACUUGAUUGGUGCUGUGCGCUGCCCUGCUUUUCGGCUCGGCAGUGGUGCGGCACUUUCUUCAGCUCAGAGAAAAUCUACACGCGGUCCUGUGUUGGAUGAACAAGAAAACAAUACCAGCAUCAACAGUGCCUCUACGGUGUAGACAAGACUUCGAGAAUGCGACCCACUGAUCCUACUGAAGAGGUGUAGUAGGAGCUACAAAUUCUACGUAACAAAAAAUGAAACCAGUAACAUACAUGAAUUGGGAAGAAAGUAAAAAUCUGAACGAAUCUCAAAGUAU